ACCUUCAAUCGACCUCUUUGCCGCGACGUCUCCAACUCAAAAUUCUGCUCGCCACCCGUCGAACCCGAUUAUACCGUGUGUGCACGCCUUCCAGUAAAGGUCGUCAGAAGAAGUCGCUCCGAGUCUCCGUCUCGUGUGUUUCUCAGUGAAGUUUUAUCGUCCAAAUCUCCAAAAACUCAUCAACAUGACCACCUACUUCAACUACCCGACCGUCGAGGUCCAGGAGGAGCUGUCCCGCAUCGCCAAGGCGAUCGUCGCCCCCGGCAAGGGAAUCCUGGCCGCCGAUGAGUCGACCGCCACCUGCGGCAAGCGCUUCGCCGACAUUGGCGUCGAGAACAACGAGGACAACCGCCGCCAGUACCGUCAGCUGCUGUUCACCGCCGACGAGCGCCUGUCGCAGAACAUCUCCGGCGUGAUCCUGUUCCACGAGACGCUGUACCAGAAGGCCGACGAUGGCACCCCGCUGGUUGAGCUGCUCAAGAAGAAGGGCAUCCUGGCCGGCAUCAAGGUCGACAAGGGCGUCGUCGAUCUGUACGGCUCGGAGGGCGAGUGCACCACCCAGGGUCUGGACGAUCUGGGUGCGCGCUGCGCUCAGUACAAGAAGGACGGCUGCGACUUCGCCAAGUGGCGUUGCGUGCUGAAGAUCGGCAAGAACACCCCCAGCUACCAGUCGAUCCUGGAGAACGCCAACGUGCUGGCCCGCUACGCGUCCAUCUGCCAGUCCCAGCGCAUCGUGCCGAUCGUCGAGCCGGAGAUCCUGCCCGACGGUGACCACGAUCUGGAGCGUUGCCUGAAGGUGACGGAGACGGUGCUGGCCGCGGUGUACAAGGCGCUGAGCGACCACCACGUCUACCUGGAGGGUACGCUGCUGAAGCCGAACAUGGUCACCGCCGGCAUGAGCUGCGCCAAGAAGCCGACCGCCCAGGAGAUCGGUCUCGCUACCGUGCUGGCCCUGCGCCGCACCGUGCCGGCCGCCGUGCCCGGAGUCACCUUCCUGUCCGGUGGACAGUCCGAGGAGGAGGCCUCCGUCAACCUGAACGCCAUCAACCAGGUGCCGCUGUUGAGACCGUGGGCGCUGACCUUCUCGUACGGUCGUGCCCUGCAGGCCUCGGUGCUGCGCGCCUGGGGCGGCAAGAAGGAGAACAUCAAGGCCGCCCAGGACGAGCUGGUGAAGCGCGCCAAGGCUAACGGAUUGGCAUGCCAAGCAAAGUACGUCGCCGGUUCGAUUCCCUCGUACGCCGCCAACGCGAGUUUGUUUGUCAAAGCGCACGCAUACUAGAGAGAGAGCAAAGAACGCAGAAGAGAACAAUGGGCAGUCUGCAGACACAACAACAACAACACCACCACCACUCCAACGAUGCUGCAGCGUCCAAUUGGCACACUCGAAAUGCACUUGUUACAACAACAAUAACACACCUAAGCACACUUUCUAUUGUUUUUAAGGUGACAGUUAACUAACACACACGCGCACACUACCUCACACGCGAUCUGUCAAAUGCGAACCGUAAACAUUAGCGUUAAAGUUUAAUUCUGACACUGAUAUAAGGAGAGAGCGAUAGGACUAACACAAACGUUCACAAGCAAAACAAACACACACAAAAAAAAACAAACAAAAGUGUCGCGCGUCAAACAAACAAAAGACGAAGAAGCAGAAGAAGCAUCGCCACAAAGAGGGAACUUCGAACCGCGUCAAACAUUCCAAAACAAACUGCCUUUUUCUACUUGUCAAUUUUUUACAACUCUGUUUUUUGCGCACAGUUUUUCUCCCCGCCUUUCGUUAUGUUUUAGUUAGCGUGUGUUUUCUAACCUUGAAAAAGAAAGUCAGCUAAAGGUCGGGGAAGUUCAAGCGAAAAAAAAGUGUCGCGACAUUUUGGCAUCGAUUCUGAGCUUAUUGAGAGACCGUUUGCUUGAAGUUUCCUGACCUUUUUUUGUAACUUUUUGACGUUUUAGUUUCUUAGAGCAGUUUAUUUUAUGUUUUCCGUUUUUUAUAAUUUUGCAUAGACUUUCAAAAUCUUGUGUUUUAACUAGAUAACGAAAUUUAUUGCAUUCGGUUGUAUCGAAUUGAGAGACAAUAAAGGUUUAUGGUUUUGUACAAAAAAAAAAAAAAA